GUCUCAUAAAUUCAUAAUCACCACUAAGAACUCAUAAGCUAUGGAAUCUAGUUUUCUUUUCUUCAUUCCUCAUCUCAUUCUUUCAUUUUACUGUCUUUUAUCCUUUGAUCUUACACUUGGUGUGAGUGUGGCAAGCAUAGCGGAGGAACAUGAAUAUACAUAUAUUGAAGGAAGUGGUAGAGGUCCAGAAGACUGGGGGAAUCUCAAACCAGAUUGGAAAGCUUGUGGAGAAGGAAAGCUACAGUCUCCCAUUGAUCUUACUGAUAGAAUUGCACAAGUUUCACCACAAUUAGGUGACUUGGAAAGGCACUACUUUCCUGCUCCUGCUGUAGUCGAAAAUAGAGGACAUGACAUUAUGGUGAAAUGGAAACAUAAUGCUGGGAGCAUUAAGAUAGAUGGAAUUGAUUAUUACUUACAACAUUGUCAUUGGCAUUCUCCCGCUGAGCAUACCUUUAAUGGUUCAAGACUCAUGUUGGAGGCUCACAUGGUCCAUUAUUCAAGCUCUUUUGAAAAAAUAGCAGUUGUUGCAAUUACUUACAUGCUUGGCCAUUCUGAUCCCAUCAUUUCAAGGGUGGUUAAGAAAGUAAGAUCAUCUAGCUAUGAAGAACAAGAUUUGGGAAUUAUUAACCCACAAGAUAUAAUUUCUUGUACCGGCAGAGCAUAUUUUAGAUACAUAGGUUCUCUUACAACUCCUCCAUGCUCUGAAGGUGUUAUUUGGACUGUAUUCAUAGGGGCAAAAACAGUAUCAUCAAAGGAAAUAGAAAUGCUGAAGCAAGCUGUGGAUGAUGGUUUUGAAUCAAAUGCAAGGCCAACUCAACCACUUGGUGAAAAAAUAGUUUAUUUAUAUCCCACAAUGUAGUACCAUUGUCCACAGCCUUUUAAAGGCCUUAUUUUUAUAUAUUUAAUAAACCAUAUUUUUAAAUCAUAUAUAUAACAAAAAUGUCAUAAUGU